GGUAGUAGAAAUCACCACUCGUGUUUCGCAUGGUUUGUUGUUGUUGUUGAAACUUCUGUCUGACAGUAGAAUAUUGCACUUGGCGUUGCAUCUUUAUUUUUUAGCAAAUGGGCCUAAUGAACAGGAAGUUGUGUUGAAUAAGUUAUGCGGUGAUUCAAAGUCUGUCCGUAUUUUGGGCUCAAGUACCUUUCCACUGUCCAUCAAACAAAUCUAAAUAAGCAUGGGCAAAAACCAUUAUACGUUUGUUUACAUGAUUUAUCUUGCAUCAAGUGGCCUCCAUCAUUAUGCUUUGUACACAUUUUAACUGUCUUGUACAGUGAAAGUUUGAGAUGCCGGGGGAAAAUGACAGUUUGAAUGAUGUUAAUGAAACAAAGGUCUGUAGAGACUUUUUACGCAACGUUUGCCGGAGGGGAAAGAAACGCUGUCGCUAUUUACAUCCAGAUGAUGUUGAUCCAAAUGCUCUUGGAGUGACAAAUGGUGCUUGCCGGACCACAUUCCUCUUUUGUCAUGACUAUCAAAAUGGGCAGGGAUGUAAAAGAGAAGAUUGCAAAUUCCUCCAUUGUACUACAGAGGAAGAACAAUAUUUUAAAACAAGAGGGAAACUUCCAGACCAUGUAGUUGACAUGGCUCUCAGCAAAGGGGCUCUGGAGGCACCACCUCGCCAUGGAGAACCCCCAGUGUGCAAAGAUUUUUUGAAAGGAGAAUGUCGGCGUGGAGGACAGUGCAAAUUUAGGCACCUUACUAAGCGCGAGUUUGAACGUGAACUUGAGUAUGGGCCUCAGUCUCCAUCACAUCAGCCCAUUGGAGAAAUUCAACCUCCAGUUCAGCCUCAGUUUCAACAACAGGUGCAACAAGCGCCACCUCCACAACCUCAACCUCCCCUCCAACAGCAGCCUCUCCCUUUACCUCAGCCUCUACCUCAGCCACAAAUCCAGCAUCAACCGCCUCCAUUAACAAUGGUUCAAUUUAGCCAUGCCUCUCAACUAGUUGAUGGAGAUCAAAAAAGGUUCCAUUAUGCUCCAGCCAUAGCAACGCAGCCAGCUCCAGCUGCCAACAUUCUCCCUCCUACUCAUCGGCACCAUCCAUACUCCCGCUUGCCAAACUCGCAGCCUCCUACUGAAGUCCCUCAAGGCAUGAUGGUCCUGCACACUCAUGCAGUGGCACAGGCUCCUCAGCCUUCACAGCCUUCGCCUCCUUAUGGAUUGCACCAAACUGUGUCAGCACCACCCCAACACCGGCUUCUGACUCCUGCCGAAGCACGGUCCCUCAUGUUGGAAGAGGAGAAUGUUGUUUUAAGGAGAAGAUUGGAAGAAUUGAAGAAACAGGUAUCUGACUUAACAGUCACCAAUGAAUUUCUCCUUGACCAAAAUGCCCAGCUACGACUUGGUUCCAAACGAACAACAACAAGCCUUGCGGCUCUUACUGUACCUGCUGUCACUAUCACUAAUGCUGGUCAGCCUCUGCCAGCUCAAAUUACAUCAGCUCAAACUCCCACACAACAACAAAUGAUGGUUGCCACUGGAACUCUUCGAACUGUAGCUGCAAGUGUAGCAACCGUACCAGUGUCCAUUGCAACUGUGGCAGGCACUCCAGUUUCGAUCGCGACCGUGUCUAUGGCGCCAGUGACUAUGCAGCCACCUGUGGUUACUAUGGCACAACAGUCUGUUGUUGGAGUUUCUCAAACUAUAAGUGUGUCUGGUCCUCCCCCACCUACCCUUACUGCCGGCGCACCUCCUCAACAAGGUGGCCAGCCACAGAAUGCUGCUGCUGCCUGUACCCAGAGCCUUCCACUGGCAAUCACAGCUGGUGCAACACCCCUUGUAACUUAUCCCAUACCAGUUUUACAAACAAGCUUAUCGCACUAAUUUAAGAAUUUUUUCUAAAUCUCUAUUGUACAGUAAGGCCCACCAAGUCAUACCCAGUAUGGCUCCUCACCAUGGCUCUUAAUGGAAUUAGAAAGAAGAAAAGUGUUUGAGGGCAGACAGACUUGCCCUGGCACACCUUUGCUGGGCCACCCUGUAUUAAAGCUGAACAAUUUGGAAAGCAUUAUUUUGUUGUGUCAAAUGCCCUGUCUGAGAAGCCGUACUGAUGUGUUUUGGUGUGUCUUGUAUUUUCGUAUUUUCUUACUAGAUGUUUGACAAGAUUCACAAUUCUUUCAAAUUGUUGUAAGUCGUAUCCAGAAGAUAUGGGUACUGUAUGCUUUCAUGUUGUCUGAAAGAUCUUGUUCUUACAGUUUGCAUGUAAUCUUGAUCUCUCUUGUAAAUACUGUACAAUACUAUGUUGUAAAUAUUACUUCUGAUUUAUCAAGUGUACAUUAUUUAUUUUUUAUCUGAUUUGGUUCCUGUGAUAGUGAUCUAUUGUUAUGCCAUUGGAGAUAUAGGAGAGAUGAACCAUACCACUUCUCUCUAUUUCUCUCAAAAUCUUAAUUGACAUUAGCUAUGAAAGUUUUAUCCUUAGUGCUAAUACUUCAUUUUGAACAAUUCAAAGAAUACACCUGUCACUGGUAA